CUGAGCGCCUACAGCACGUCCGUUCGUGGUUGGUCAGACCUGGAAGCGGGACAUUGAAUACUCCUCCCACAGUGACAUGGUAUUGUGAAAUGACGUCUGCUACGGAGCGGUGUGAUCACUGUUAGAGAACCGAUCCCUGAAGAUAUACUAUUUUUACACUUCACCUUUUUUGUAAAUAAAACGCCGAGAGGAACAAACAAGCGAUUUGCACAUAAACUAAAGGUGGACGUACAAUGGUGGCAGAGAUGGCUAGUUUUGGGACCUCUAAUCAUUUCCAAGAGAGUAAUGAAGACAAUUCAUUACCAGAUCCAAAAGAAAUCCUGACUGAAAAUGAAAAUAACAGUUCAGACAACACAGAGAACUCUACAGAGGAGAGCUCAGAGGACGAGCAUUCCGAUGGUGAUGCUACUGAGAAUGAUAAUGAAGGAGAGAAAGAGGACCCUGAUGUUGGAGGUUCCAGACAUGAUCAGGGCUCUGCUCCCGAACCGAGUGAGGAAGAACAGAAUGGGAAAGAUGCUCAUCCCCGGCCCUGCUGCGAAAAAUGCAAGGCCAUACAGAAUCACAGCUAUGAACGUGUAACUCCCAGGAAAAUCUCACGGGGACGACUGCUGUUAUUCCUGGAGGGUGAGGGAACCUACGAAUGUUCCGUCACAGGCCUGGUGUUCGAAGUUUCCCAGAAGGUGCAGAUCAGAUACUCCAUCUUGUCGUGGGGCAAGUUUGGGAUGUACCUGAAGGAAUCUUGGAAAUUUGCUGGACCCAUCUUCGAUGUGGACUGUGACCCGUCCAUCCUGAAAUCCAUCCAGUUCCCGCACUCGCUCUGCCUGGCUGAUCAGGACAGCGAGGUGACCUUUGGCAUCCUGCACGUCAAGAACAGUCAUCCCCUUGUGGAGCCGUCGGUGGAUCACUCUGGAAGCCACGUCAAGUGGAGCGUGACGUCCUUGUCCCCAGUGGGCCCCAUCGUGCAGACGUCCCAGCCAGCUGAACACCACGGUGUGGUCCUGGUCUACAAGGAGGUGGGCCAGCGCCCUUCAUCCUCCUUCCGUGUCUACCUGGCCACCAACAACCACUCUGAUAUCAAGGACAUCCAGAAGGAGGUUAGGAAUUCCAAGAAGAGGUAUGUGAAGAUGGAAAAACCCCCUACUUGCAGGAGGCUCCUGGAAGAGAAGAAGAAGUACAAGCUGAUGAGUGAGCCCGAGGGAGAGAUCAACCCAGAGGAUUUCCAGUUCACCCAGGCAGCUGUCAAGAUAAAGGGUUACUUUGAGGCCUUCUUUGAGCAGCCUCCACCCUUUAAACUUUCCCUUGUGGAGGCUGAUUCAGGGCAAACAGUGUGGACCGCCACUCUCCGAGAGGGUGACUGUGAAGACAAUGUCAUUGAAAAACCAAGGAGCCGAAAAGAUAGUCGCAAAAGAAAUGGCAGUACAUCUGAGGAGGAACAGAUCAGUAAGAGACCCAGAUGUGAAGAUGUUCCCGAUGGAGUGGGGGCGCCAAAGUCCCUGGACAUCACUGACCAGCAGCUGAUGACUGUGGCCAAGCGAAUGGGGAAGGAGUGGAAGCAGGUGGCCAUUUGCUACCUGGGUUUGAGGAUGCAGGACCUCGAGGACAUCCAGAAUACAGACGAGGACCUGACCAUGCACAAGUUUAAGAUGCUGGACAAGUGGCGGCGGAGGACCAAAGGGGAAGCCAGCGUUGCACAGCUCUGGAAGAGCCUGAACCAUGAGGACGUACCAAACGAGGUCCGAGAUGCCCUGGAAGCCAUGCUGCCUAAUAACCCUGCAAAGUGAGCUGACUGUGAGAGUGCACGGACUCCUCAGGUGUUCCAUCCUGGGAG